AUGGAUUUGGAUAAUGAUUUGCACGAGUCGCCAGUUUCGCCGGAUUUGUCUGGCUCCGAAAGCAAAGUAGAUGUUACAUCGACAGGGAAAAAGAAAAAGAGAAAAAGGGGGAAGACUAAAAAUAACGCAGUUGAAAGUGAUGCUAAUGGUGGUGGCACUCCAGAGAAUACUAUUCAAUGCGUGUCUACUGAUGCAUUAAUUGUAGAAGCGGAUAUUUGUUUGCACGGGAAUGAAGAAAAAAAGCAGAAAAUUCUCAGUCAGGCUGCAGAAAAGGGAAACGGAGAGAGUGAGAUCCAAGACAAAGCAGACAACUGUAAUUCAGUUGUAGCUGAUGCAGAGUUACUUGCUAAAGAGUCUGUGUUAGAAGUUGUAAAAAUGGACAUCGAGCAAAGUAUAAAUGAGAAUAGUUCCACCCCCGAGGAAACAAGUGACUCUGUGAACAAUGGAAGUCCGGUAAACAAUCAUGAUGAGGAUCUGAAAGUUUAUGAUUUGUCUAAUAAAUCUCAGAGCAUUAAAACCUAUUCAAGGAAAAAAUUAAACGAUGUUACUUGUAAGAGAAACUUGGAAGGCCAAAGUGCUGAAGAUUCUAACAAGGAGCCAAUUAUCCAGGACCAUCACACUGAUGAUUCACAUGAAGUUUCUGAUGGACCAUUGGCAGUUGACUUAAUGGAAAGAGAGAAAGAACAUUUAACUGAUCAGAUCAAAGUUGAAGCGGAGGAAAUGGAGUUGAUAGCAGACAACAAUGGUGAUUCACAUGAAAUUUCUGGUGGACCAUUGAUAGCUGGCUUAAUGGAAAGAGAGAAAGAACGUUUAACCGAUCAGAUCAAAGUUGAAGCGGAGGAAAAGGAGUUGAUAGCAGACAACAAUGGUGUUUCACAUGAAAUUUCUGGUGGACCAUUGACAGCUGGCUUAAUGGGAAGAGAGAAAGAACUUUUAACCGACCAGAUCAAAGUUGAAGCAUCGGAAAUGGAGUUGAUAGCAGACAACAGUUCUGAGCAAAGUUCUAUGACUGCAUCUUCUAUUGUAGACAUUCCUGUUACACAACAUGAAGAAACAAAUGCUAGAAAGGAAGAUCAUGCUGAGGUUACAAGAAAUGGUCUGAGUUGUCCAGCUGAUAUUUCUGAUUUAAGCUUAGUCACCGUAAAUGGUGAUAAUUCAAAGAUAUCACAAUGCUCAGUGGACAAAACUAUUAUCAGAAACUCAAAAAAGAAGCUUCUCAUUCUUGAUGUGAAUGGCCUUCUUGCUGAUUGUGUCAGUGAUGUUCCUAAUGGGUAUUAUCAACCGGAACCAGAUUUUUGGGUUAGAAGGAGAAAAGUGUAUAAAAGGCCCUAUUGUGAUGAUUUUAUGACGUUUUGCUUUGACAGAUUUCAUGUGGGAGUUUGGUCUUCUAGAACCAAGUCUAAUGUUGAUGAUGUAAUCAAUCUUCUUUUGGGAAAAUCUGCAUCCAAACUGCUAUUUUGUUGGAAUCAAUCCCACUGUACUACAACAAAAUUCAGUACUGUUGAGAACAGAGAUAAGCCCCUUGUGUUGAAGGAACUCAGAAAGUUAUGGGAGAAGCUGGAACCUGGUCUGCCAUGGGAGAAAGGAGAGUUCAAUGAGUCAAACACAUUACUACUCGAUGACUCCCCUUACAAGGCACUUGUGAAUCCUAAGCAUACGGCUAUAUUCCCUUAUACUUACCGGUACCACUACACUAGAGACGCGGCAUUAGGACCUAAAGGUGAUCUUCGGGGUUAUCUAGAAGAGCUGUCGAAGGCAGACAAUGUUCAAGAGUUUGUGUCUGCAAAUGAAUUUGGCCAGCGGCCCAUAAGAGAAGCAAAUCUAUCCUGGGUUUACUAUCUCAAAGUUAUAGAAUCAGUUAAGUGCAGUGAAAAUGACGGGCCCUCAGCACCAGUUAAGGAAGAAACCUCAGAUUCAGAUAACUUAGAGGUGGAGUCAUAG